AUGGCCAAAAUGGAGGUCAAGACGUCACUUUUAGACAACAUGAUAGGAGUGGGAGAUAUGGUUCUUUUAGAGCCACUUAAUGAAGAUUCGUUCAUCAAUAAUCUGAAAAAGCGCUUUGAUCACAAUGAAGUAUAUACAUACAUUGGCAGUGUGGUGAUAUCAAUAAACCCCUACAGAUCUCUACCCAUUUAUACUCCAGAGAAAGUGGAAGAGUACAGAAACCGAAACUUUUAUGAACUCAGUCCUCACAUCUUUGCUCUGUCAGAUGAAGCAUACAGAUCUUUAAGGGACCAGGACAAAGACCAGUGUAUCCUUAUUACAGGAGAGAGUGGAGCUGGAAAAACAGAGGCGAGCAAACUUGUCAUGUCAUAUGUAGCUGCAGUGUGCGGAAAAGGGGCAGAAGUUAAUCAAGUAAAAGAACAACUUUUGCAGUCAAAUCCAGUUCUUGAAGCUUUUGGAAAUGCCAAAACUGUGAGGAAUGACAACUCCUCUAGAUUUGGAAAAUACAUGGAUAUUGAGUUUGAUUUCAAGGGUGACCCACUUGGAGGAGUUAUAAGCAACUAUCUGCUAGAGAAGUCUCGUGUUGUUAAGCAGCCAAGAGGUGAAAGAAACUUUCACAUUUUCUAUCAGAUACUGUCUGGUGCAUCAGAAGACUUCCUCUGCAAACUCAAACUGGAGCAGGACUUCAGCAGAUACAACUAUCUGGGCCUUGAUUCUGCCAAAGUGAACGGAGUGGAUGAUGCUGCAAACUUCAGAACAGUUAGGAAUGCAAUGCAGAUUGUUGGUUUUAUGGAUCACGAAACACAGUCUGUUUUUGAAGUGGUGGCAGCCGUUCUGAAAUUGGGAAAUAUUGAAUUUAAGCCUGAAUCUCGCGUGAAUGGCCUAGAUGAAAGUAAAAUCAAAGAUAAAAAUGAACUCAAGGAAAUCUGCGAGUUGACGGGUAUAGACCAGUCUGUAUUGGAAAGAGCUUUCAGCUUCCGGACGGUUGAAGCCAAGCAAGAGAAAGUUUCAACAACACUAAAUGUGGCUCAGGCUUAUUACGCCCGUGAUGCUCUGGCUAAGAAUUUAUACAGUCGACUGUUCUCUUGGCUUGUUACCAGAAUCAAUGAGAGCAUUAAGGCACAAACAAAAGUGAGAAAGAAGGUAAUGGGGGUGCUGGACAUCUAUGGCUUUGAAAUUUUUGAGGACAACAGCUUUGAGCAAUUCAUUAUCAACUACUGUAAUGAGAAGUUGCAGCAGAUCUUCAUUGAACUCACCCUCAAAGAAGAGCAGGAGGAAUACAUCCGAGAGGGGAUUGAAUGGACUCAUAUUGAGUAUUUCAACAAUGCUAUAAUUUGUGACCUAAUAGAAAAUAACCAAACUGGAAUCCUGGCCAUGCUAGACGAAGAAUGCCUGAGACCAGGAACUGUUACCGAUGACACCUUUUUAGAAAAACUGAACCAAGUCUGUGCCACUCACCAGCACUUUGAGAGCAGGAUGAGCAAGUGCUCCCGGUUCCUCAACGACACCUCCUUGCCUCACAGCUGCUUCAGGAUUCAGCAUUACGCUGGCAAGGUUAUGUACCAGGUGGAAGGAUUUGUUGACAAAAAUAAUGAUCUUCUGUACCGUGACCUCUCCCAGGCCAUGUGGAAGGCCAAUCACUCUCUUAUCAAAGCGUUGUUCCCAGAAGGUAACCCCGCUAAGAUCAAUCUAAAGAGACCACCAACAGCAGGUUCACAGUUCAAGGCUUCAGUUGCUACCCUGAUGAAAAAUCUUCAGACAAAAAAUCCAAACUAUAUCAGAUGCAUCAAACCAAAUGACAAAAAGGCUGCACACAUUUUCAAUGAUGCCUUGGUGUGCCACCAGAUCCGCUACCUUGGUCUUCUCGAGAACGUCCGGGUCAGAAGGGCAGGUUACGCAUUCAGGCAGGCGUACGAGCCUUGCCUGGAAAGGUACAAAAUGUUGUGUAAGCAGACGUGGCCCCACUGGAGAGGGCCAGCCAGGGCUGGAGUAGAGGUACUGUUUAAUGAAUUGGAAAUCCCUGAAGAAGAAUUUUCAUUUGGUAGAUCAAAGAUAUUCAUCCGCAACCCAAGAACACUCUUCAAACUAGAAGAUCUGAGAAAGCAGCGGUUGGAGGACUUGGCUACUCUCAUUGAGAAGAUUUAUAGAGGCUGGAAGUGCCGCACACGCUUCUUGUUAAUGAAAAAAAGCCAGAUCGUGAUUGCUUCCUGGUACAGGAGAUAUGCACAACAAAAAAAGUAUCAGAAGAUAAAGAGUUCGGCUAUUAUAGUACAGUCUUACAUCAGAGGUUGGAAGUCUCGGAAACUUCUUCGGGAACUUAAGCAUCAGAAGCGUUGUAAUGAGGCUGCCACAAUAAUUGCCGCUUACUGGCAUGGUACCCAGGCGCGAAGGGAACUGAGACGACUGAAGGAGGAGGCUAGAAAUAAACAUGCUAUUGCUGUUAUUUGGGCUUACUGGCUUGGAUAUAAGGCUCGAAGGGAAUUGAAACGCUUGAAGGAGGAGGCUAGGCGUAAGCAUGCUGUUGCAGUCAUUUGGGCUUACUGGCUUGGACUGAAGGUCCGUAGAGAGUACAGGAAAUUCUUCAGAGCCAAUGCUGGAAGAAAAAUUUAUGAAUUUACCCUUCAGAGACUUAUUCAAAAAUACUUCCUGGAAAUGAAGAAUAAGAUGCCUUCUUUAUCACCAAUAGAUAAAAACUGGCCAGCAAGACCUUACCUAUUCUUGGAUUCAACUCACAAGGAAUUAAAGAGGAUUUUCCAUUUGUGGAGGUGUAAAAAGUACAGAGACCAGUUCACAGAUCAGCAGAAGCUUAUAUAUGAAGAAAAACUGGAAGCAAGUGAACUUUUCAAGGACAAGAAGGCUUUAUAUCCAGCCAGUGUUGGGCAGCCGUUCCAAGGGGCUUACUUGGAAAUCAGCAAGAACCCCAAGUAUAAAAAACUUAAAGAUGCUGUGGAUGAAAAAAUCAUUAUUGCAGAAGUUGUGAAUAAGAUCAAUAGAGCUAAUGGGAAGGCUACAUCCAGGAUUUUCUUAUUAACCAAAAAUAACGUUCUUCUUGCGGAUCAAAAAUCUGGGAAUAUCAAGUCAGAGGUUCCACUGGGAGAUGUUACCAAAGUGUCCAUGAGCUCCCAAAAUGAUGGCUUCUUUGCGGUGCACCUCAAGGAGGGUUCAGGAGCAGCUGGUAAAGGAGAUUUCCUGCUCAGCAGCGAUCACCUUAUUGAAAUGGCCACUAAACUUUACCGUACUACUCUCAGCCAAACCAAGCAGAAGCUCAACAUUGAGAUAUCUGAUGAGUUUCUGGUCCAGUUCAGACAAGACAAAGUGUGUGUGAAGUUCAUACAAGGCAGCCAGAAAAACGGCAACAUCCCCACUUGCAAGCGAAAAAACAAUCGGCUUCUUGAAGUGGCUGUCCCUUAACUGCAGCUGGUGACCCUCCCUUUCACGGACUUGUUUCUUUGUAAUAGUGCAAUUUUAGUUGUUUGGUUUUGCUGGUUUUAUGCCUUUCUAGAGCUGUUGAUGGCUAAUAGCUUUAGAAACCCUUGGCAAAACAUUUGAUCAAUUGACUUCUUAAUCUUUUUGUUCAUGCCAGAGUUUUAACCCUCAAAAUGCAGAUUUUUAUCCUGUGAGGCAUUUUUACCAGCUGGCACGUAUCUGUCAUACACAAAUCAUUCCCUUUGUUUAGUGGUCAUAUUUUAGUGCAGCAUACCGUAAACCCACAUAUUAAUGAUAAAUUACUCAUAUUUCUUAGUCUAGAGAUCCUCUUAACAGGAACUAUACAUGGCCUUGAUGCUUAAUGGCCACUUGUGCUCAGUGUCUUUUUAUAUCAACCUGUUCUGGUGUUCUGACGGGCUCCUCGCUUGCCACUGCUGGGGAGACCGGCAGAAUGGAGACUGGCACACUAACUCCUAUAGUUAACACUAGGACCUAUGUAACUCAAUGUUUUAGUCAAUACAGCACAGGAACAUCUAAUUCUGCAAAACAGAAGGAAUAUAUAAUUAUACGAGCAGCUAUAUGCA